UCGACGCAGUACAUAAUUCUUCUUCAGCCUCACUGUGUCGGCCCACUCACACAUUCGCCCUCUGUUGCUCGUCUCCGUAAAAUCCCAAACCCACCAACAAACAAAUCGCUCACCAAAACCCCCCACGACAAACACACAAAGGUAUUUCAAUGUUUCGAAUGUAGGUCGUCGAUGUUGUCCCGCUCUCUCAGGUAUUUUUUUUCACAAUCUUUCUGGCUCUUAGCCCAUGGGAUCACGUGUUUGUUGAUGUCUGCGUCACGAAAGGGUGCUCCAGAAUCAUAUGCAAGUUGUGAGAGACUGAAUGAAACAAGUAAAAGGGGAGCGUGUUGGUCAGAGCUAAGACGCACUGACAUGGCGCAGUGGGGUGUCUGCCGGCGAUUCAGAGUGGUUUGCAAGGAUAAUGAAAAUAAUACUCAACUCUCAUCCACCGUAGUUAAGGAAGAAUGUGGAAAAGAUGAUGAAACUGUGCCAGCUGGGUCUUUUGUGACACCUGAGACCCGGAAGCGAAAACGUGUUACCCCCAGCCUUCAAAACGAAUUAAGCAUGGGGAUAGGUGAAGCCAAGCCAAAUCAAAUAGCUGGAAAAGAUGCAAAGCAGAGGCUUGGUAGCAGUUUCCAUAAGCGUAAACAAACCAAGCCUAGGGGUGCUAUAGACAGGUGGUCUACAGAAAGGUAUAAAAUGGCAGAGCAAAGUAUGUUCGAGGUCAUGAAAGCUGAAGGGGCUGUUUUUGAAAAUCCUAUUCCCCGGGCAGCAUUGCGAUUGGCUGCUCGGAAACGCAUCGGUGACACCGGACUGCUAGACCACCUACUGAAACAUAUUGAGGGUCACGUUGCACCAGGGGGUUCUGAGCGGUUUCGACGUUGUUACAAUACUAAAGGAGUAAUGGAGUAUUGGCUGGAGAGUGCAGACUUAGUCAAGGCUGGGGGCCCAGAUUCAAAAAGGUUUCCGCCAUCUUUUGAUAAACCUGUUGGUGGCCCCUUCCAUGAUCCCAUUUGUGCAGGUCAAGUGGAGCUGCUUCAAGCUGAAGUGGCGAAAUUGAAGAGGGAUAUGAAGGAGCUGUCAUCCAAAAAUCAAGAGCAAGAUCAUGCCAAUUCAGUUGAGGAUAUGCACAAGGAUUUUGUUAAAUUGGAAGCUAUUACCUCAAAACGUUUGAUGGAGAUUUCAACUUCAUUGAGUGGUAUGCAGGACAUGUAUAGGGAUCUGGUAGUGUGGAAAGAUAGAAUCGAGCAACAGGUAACAGAUAUUUCAACUACGGUGAACAGUCUUCAAGCAUCAAAUCAGCACACUUCUGUGGUUCCAACUUCCGAAGGAUGGGAAGAGUGGUUGGAGAGCACUAAUUUGGAUAAUAUUCCCGGGUAUGAAUUUACCUCUUGGAUAGAGAGCACUGAUCUGAUUAAUAUUGGGAGUGAAACUGCGCUGCAACCGCCUUGCUCCUCGACCCCACAAACAUAUUUGAAGCCUGUUGAUGGCCCCUCUCAAGACUUUGUUUGCAUUGGAGUGCCAGAGGAAGAAAUGGCCUGGAAGAGGGAUGGCCUGGAGCUGGGACACCAAAGGGUAGAAGAAGACCAUGCUACUGUAACCCCAGAUUCUUCCGUUACUGCUAACUCGAAGAUAGAUCUUGAUACUUCAUGUCUUCUGUUUCAGGAAAUGCUUACGGAGCUGGUGAAAUGGAAAGCUAACAUGGAACAAAGGCUACUGGAGAUUUCAAGUUCCGUUACUGCAAUGCAGGCCUCAAAGUAGUGAACUGACUGCCUGUUUAGCUAUUUAAUCUAAGGUUGAAAUGAUAGGAUAGGAUGUUAGUAAUUUAAUCUUAGUUUUCGGGGUAUGUGGUUGGUUAAUCACCUAUAGACUAGUGGGAUUAGGUUUUUGUACAGGUUUACAAAUCUGAGUCAUGAUACCGUCGACUUUGGAAUGGAUAAAAAAGGCAGGACUGACUUCUGACAUUUUGAGCAUCGGAUGAUGAACUUGUUACCCGCAAAAUUAGUCGUGGUUGAGAUUGUUGUGCUUUUACUGGUCAUGGGCUAUGUCCAAAGCUGUGUAGCCUUCUAAUGAGCCUUGUAAGAUCCUCUCUAGGAAUAUGCUUCUGAUACUAAAUCAUUGACCUAUGAAUUUCUAUCUAUCGAUAUUUAUAAAUUGUUACAUUUAAUUAUUUGCUUUCAAA